AUGGACUCGAAGCACGAUGGGGACGCAAGCUACGAGAACUCAGCGUUGGAUUGUGUCCACGCUAUUGUGUACGUGGACGGGAGUCCACAAAUGCGCCAAUACAUUGAGGUCGCGAGUCCACCUCGCGACGCGUCGUCGAUUACGAGCCUUCCAGGACUCUCUUGGAAGCAUUUUCUACGUGACCUCAAGGGAGGCACGGUGGAACAAGUAUGUCUGGUCACCAACGAGGCUCUGCGCGAGUCUGGUAACCCUGUUUACGACAUUGCACGAGAGUACGCCGACGUGUUCCCGGACAAGAUUCCGGCCGAACUCCCUGCCGAUCGUGGCGUGCGGCACGAGAUUGAUCUCGUGCCAGGAUCGAAAUAUUGUGUGACACGCCAGUGGCCGUUGCCUCGAGACCAAGUCGAGGCUAUUGAUGCAUUCUUCGAAGGUCGUCGCAAGGCCAGUCAUGUGCGUGAGAGCGUCUCACUCCAUUCGAGCCCAACCUUCUGCGUGAAGAAGGCUACGGGAGGCUGGCGUAUAGUGCAUGCGUUUAACAAGCUCAACGAUGCCACUAUUCCUGCCCAAACGCCUAUCCCCAGGAAAGACAUGGUUCUAAACUCCAUGUCAGGUAGCGUCAUCUUCAGCGCCAUCGAUCUAACCGAUGGCUUCUACCAUAUCUUGAUGCGACAGAGUGACAAACCACUCACUGCGGUGUCCACUCCGAGUGGUAUGCUAUGGGAGUGGCUGGUGAUGCCACAAGGAUUGAAGAACGCACCAGCCACUUUCAAUCGCAUGGUAUCUCAAGUGUUGAGACCGCUUCGAGACUUUGCUCUUAGCUUCUUCGAUGACAUUUUUGUCCACAGUCGCGCUGAGGGCAACCUCAGUGCUGUCCAAGUUCACCUUCAACACCUGAAGCAGGUGUUUCAAGUCAUGCGAGAUAACAAGUUAUAUGCAAACUUGAAGAAGUGUGUAUUCUGUGCACCGGAGAUUCCGGUGCUGGGCUGCUACGUGAGUAAAUCGGGUGUUCGAGCCGAUCCAGAGAAGCCCCUGUCGUCACUUCUGAAGAAAGACGCCACGUGGUCGUGGCGUCCCGAACAUCAAGCAGCUUUUGACGCAGUGAAGAAGAGCCUGGCGUCGGCGCCAGUGUUAAUACUCCCUGACGACACCAAGCCGUUUCACGUGGUGUGUGAUGCAAGUGACUUUGCAAUUGGUUGCGCCCUCAUGCAGUUCGAUCAUGAGGGCCGUGAACGAGUCGUGAGCUACCAGUCACGACAGAUGAAGCCGGCAGAGAAGAACUAUCCGGUUCACGAUAAGGAACUGCUAGCGAUGCGCUAUGCACUAAUCAAGUUUCGUGUCCACCUACUGGGCGAACGCACGUUCGCCCUGUAUACUGAUCAUGCAUCGCUGCGAACAGCAAUGAAGAGCCCACACCUGUCACAGCGGAUGGCACGGUGGCUCUCUUUCUUCUCCGAGUACAACUUCGUCGUGCACUACAAGCCAGGCAAGACCAACAUUCUUGCUGACGCACUGCCACGACGCCCAAAUUACGAUCCUCGUAUGGCACUGAGUCGUCAGGCAACUCACGACGAAGAUGAAGACGAUCGAUGUGCGACGUGUGUGUCGUUGAAUCUAACUCGGGUCACACCCGAGUUAUGCCUUAUCGAUGAAAUUGUCGCGGCUUACGCGAACGACCCGAAUUACGCGGACAUUAUCGCCUAUCUGCGCGCUCCCAGUGAGGCUGCACUGGGAGCUCUUUCGCGAACGAAGCGUGAUCACAUUCAAAGAUACAGUAUGGACGGUGAUUUGCUGUUAUAUAGCAUCGACAAAUUCGAUGCACCUCGAACGGUGAUUGCGAAUGACUUCGAUUUGCGUGCUCAUAUCAUCCACGAGUACCAUGAUGCCCCAAUUGGCGGUUAUCUGGGCCGCGAAAAGACAUUCGCGGCUGUCUCGCGUGACUUCUUCUGGCCCCACAUGUACAAAUAG